UUCUCCAACACCGCCCCCCCAAGCGUGCGCUCUCCUUACGUAAUCACGCAGGCACGCGGAAACCGAAGCAGCUGUAGGAGAAAGCUUCGCAGCGCUCGCUCGCUCUGACACUGCAGCGUCUCUACCGUCAGGGUCGGACUCAACCUCUCUCCCAGUUUUCGGUUUUUGACACUACUCUAAGUGUUCCCUCCGCCAGCUCUGAAAGAAUGGGUGCGUUUUCUAAGGAGUACGGCUACGUUGUGCUGACUGGUGUUGCCAGCAUGAUCAUGAUUGGACACCUGGCCGUUAACGUGGGAAAAGCCAGGAAGAAGUACAACGUGCGGUACCCAAAAAUGUACAGUGAUGAUCCGGAACAUGGACACAUCUUCAACUGCAUCCAGCGUGCACACCAGAACACGCUGGAGAUUUACCCCCCCUUUCUCUUCUGCCUGGCAGUUGGUGGUUUGCAUUGCCCCCGUCUAGUGAGUGGGCUCGGAGCCGUGUGGAUCGUUAGCAGAGAGGUGUACGCACAUGGAUACUCCACUGGAGAUCCCAAGAAGAGGAUGAGGGGUGCGUUUGGAAACGUCGCCUUGUUGGGGCUGCUGCUGACCACUCUGAGCUACGGGGGCCACCUGCUGGGCUGGAAGGGACCGGCGCGCCCGCGGCUGUUGGGCGGCGCACCCUACCAGUAACGAUUUAGAUUUGCUGAUGUCGGCCGCCCGAAUAAUCUUUUUUAUGGCGACUGCGCGUAGUAUGUCUCGUAGCUUAUCCGCUCAACUCUGACCUGCUUAACUGGUUGUUUUGAAGCUGGAAAGUAAUCGGACUGGUCUUUUCUAGAUCCAGCCACUCCCAUUUGAGAUGAGUUCACCUGCGUAAGGUAAUAGCCGGACACUCGUUGUGGAGAAUCGUGGCGUUUGUUGUGUAAUUUUUGCACUGAAGAUGAUCAGUCGGUCUCAACACGACUUCCAUCUGUCUGCAUUAAGCCUGUACAUGUUCUUACUGUCAUGAUUGCCUGAAGCCAGAAGUUACUUUUGUAUAUUAAAAAUCUCUACACUUCUA